CAACAAGAGCAAGACCCCACAAAUCUUUACAUCUCAAACUUGCCCAUUUCCAUGGAUGAGCAGGAGCUGGAGAAUAUGCUGAAACCCUUUGGACAUGUCAUUUCCACCAGAAUAUUAAGAGAUGCUAAUGGCGUCAGUAGAGGAGUCGGCUUCGCCAGGAUGGAAUCUACCGAAAAAUGUGAAGUAGUUAUUCAGCAUUUUAAUGGGAAAUACCUGAAAACACCCCCUGGUGUGCCAGCUCCAACAGAACCUUUGCUGUGCAAAUUUGCUGACGGAGGGCAAAAGAAACGACAGAAUCAAAGCAAGUACACGCAGAAUGGGAGGCCAUGGCCAAGAGAAGGAGAGGCUGGCAUGGCCUUGACAUAUGACCCCCCGGCCGCUAUUCAGAAUGGAUUUUAUUCCUCACCGUACAGUAUUGCUACAAACCGCAUGAUUCCACAGACAUCUAUCACGCCAUUCAUUGCUGCUUCCCCUGUCUCUACAUAUCAGGUUCAGAGUACUUCAUGGAUGCCUCAUCCGUCAUACGUUAUGCAACCAACAGGUGCUGUGUUAACGCCAACAAUGGACCACACAAUGUCCAUGCAGCCAGCAAGUAUGAUGGGCCCCCUGACACAACAGAUGAAUCACCUUUCUUUGGGCACAACAGGAACGUAUAUGACGGCUGCUGCACCUAUGCAAGGGACGUACAUCCCCCAGUAUACUCCUGUGCCUCCAACAGCUGUCCCUCUUGAAGGUGUUGUCGCCGAUACCUCUCCACAGACAGUAGCACCUUCAUCACAGGAAGCCAGUGGUCAGCAACAACAGAUGGCUGUGGAAACGUCCAGUGAACAUGCGCCCACGUAUUCCUACCAACAGUCAAAACAAUAAACAGGACUGAAAAAUGUCGGUCUGAAAAGUUUGCCUUGAAUGGAGAAACUUCACCGAACAAGAAGUUGGCAUCCAGUUUGCACAGGCAUCAACAGAGUUUUCUUUUAAUUUUCUACCUUACCCAAUGAAAACAAAACAGUGUUUCUAUGUGCUGUGCAGAUUGUUCAGUCAUGUAGUCUAAUAGUUUUAUUUUUUCUAUUUUUUUAUUAAAGAAAAAAAACCCAUGGCAAAACACUGGGUUGGUCUUUUAUCUGGAUGAACAUUUGAAAUUCAGAAUUUACUUGGAAGUGUAGAUAGAUUUGUUUUUGUUUUCCAAAAACACACUCAAAAACAGAGAACCGAUGAUGUCAAGAGGGAGCAAGCUGAGAUGAAAACUAAUGGUCUUCCUCAAGAAUCCAGCUACUCUUUCCCUUUCUCCGUGAAAUCCAGUGUGUCUUUUAUUUUGGGUUCAUUUUUCUUUCUUUGUUUUUGUUUUUUUAGAAAUGUUUAGGUAAGGUUUAUCUUGAAUCUUAAUUGCCUUAAUUUUAAGGACGUCAAAGGCUCUCAAGGCAAGCUGUCAACGUCUUGGUAGAAGAAAGGAACAUGGAUUCAAACGUCCACCGGCAUCAACUGGUGAAGUUCAACAGACUGAAUUUUUAGGAUGAACAAAAAAUAUAUAUAAAAGCUGUACAGUUUAGCAGAAAACGAUCUUUUUCUUCUUUUGAAGAAAACUUGUUGAUAACGGAACUGUGGAGACUUCAAGAAUUGAAAAACAUGCAGACUUUUAUGAACUUUCUUAGUGUUGACAGAGAAGAAUCUAGAAAGCUAAAGUGUUUUACAAUAAAAUUAUUGAACUAUUGGGGGGGAAUCAACUUGCAUUUUAAGGAAUGCAGGUUUUUUUCUUGCAGAAUGGAGAUUUUUUUUUAAUUUACAAAGUGUGAUCGCUGGCAAAAGCAUUAGUGCUUUUUAUCUGCAGUCUUUUUUAUGAGCUUUAAAAAGUUUUUAGUCUGCUUAGCUUGUCACAUUGCAAACACCUAGCUUAAAAGCAUUGGGGUGGGGGGAACUUAAGUAGAUAGGAGCUUAUGGUCAAAAAAGUGCAAAAAAA